AAGUUAACAAUCCUAAACAACGCCUCUAAAACGUCUAAAAUCAUACAUAACCUCAAAAAAUCGCGAUUCAAUAAAAAAUAAACGCAAGAAUUUUUAAAUGGUAAUCUAAAAUGAAUUUUAUAAAAGUUCACAGAACGUUCCCCAGACUAAAAAAGGUAUUGCUCAGAAGAUCAUCUCAGGCAGCAGCGCUUGAAGAAAAUGAGUAUACCGAAACCCCGGAAUAUCCUCCAAUUCUGGAUGUAUCCAAUAAAGGUGUGAGGCUUCGAAAGAGGGAAGCUACCCAUGAGAACAUAAAGAAUUUGAAGACUGUGGAGGAGAAGCAGAUUGCUUUAAACUUGCCCCGUUAUUAUGGUUGGGGUUGUGUUAUGUUUACGGAGGACAGGGUGCCGUAUAACGCUUUGCCUAUGGUUCAGAGUUACACAAGAACUCACUUUAUAGCUCAAGAUAAUCUGCCAGAUUUGUACACAGAAGUGGCGUCCGCGGCGGACGGGGUUGUGGCUGAGAUAAGGUUGUUAGUGGAGGAUGCUAUUGCUAUUGAAUAUGAAGGCGUGCAGCAUAAUUUCACACCUGCCGACUCUUCAAAAUCUGUGGAACGUCAAAAAGAAGAUCAUCUGGCUAAGAACAUUGCCAGACAAGUGAACAGGAUCAUCAGCAAUAAUUUAUCAGAUAAAGUGCCUCACAUAUUACCAGCUCAGGUGGAUUAUGAUCCCCGGCAUGAGGCGUUCUGGUAUGUGGGCGGUGUGAACCCAUCAAGAAAGUUAAUUCGCAAAAGAGCAGAAUUCCCUUGGCUCAGGGAUAAGUUACAGGAGCCCCAAGACAGAGCAGUGCAGUAUUUAGGGAAGCCAUUACUAACGCUCAGAGGUCAUUUGCCUUUGAAGCCGCUGAUCCCAUACAGUGAAGCCACGAACCCGGAGUUUAAAGUGCCGAAGUUCACAUAUGUGCCGCAAAACGUCGGAUAUGUCAUGAAGCAUCGACAUGCUACCAACAUACCAGGUUAUUGGCCAGGUGACUACGACGAAUUCGGCCUACUUUCCAUCCACGGCCGUAGCCACUUACUCAGCCGAAAGCCGUCCUUCGGCCCCGAAGACAACAUAGAGGCUCUCCACUGCCAAGCCUUAAAAGCCAGUUUUGGCUGGCUAGCCGCCCAGGCCAACUACCAAGGAUUCACGACUUUCAACGACCUCACUUACCCACUAGCAACGCAAACUGUCAUCACCAACGGUCAAAUCUGGUCUUUAUACGCAUACCAACUCAAUACUAUGCUUAUGCAUAAUGAAAAUAUAGACACAAACCCGAAGCAUAAUAUUUGCUACGGUACACAACCUAUGAAACUCUUCGAUACUAUCGAAGACGGUAAAGUAAAAGGUUUAAAUGAAAGUGUAUUAAAAAUGCUUGUUCAGUUCUACAUGAAUACACCAGAAGAACGAGAUCAUGAUAUGAAACCAUACUUAGACAAAGAAGAAUCAGUGAUCGCUGACAUUGAAGAUGAUAAUAGAAGAAUCUGGCUCGAAAAUACAUACAAGCAUAUAGUAUCUAACAGACCUAAGCAUGAAUUACCUCCAGAAAUAUACCUCUGGGAGCGCAUUUACAAGAUUCAGCAUAAUACUAGGUUCUUUGAGAAGAAGCGAAGACCAUUUGAGCUUGGUAUUAACCCGUACCGUAGGAAGCUUAGUGAGCAUCUUCCUCCUUAUAUCCCGAAGGUACUCAGGCCGUAUCCGAAGUGCCGAAAGAAGUUUGAGACGACUUACUAUCCAAAAAUAUAAAUAGAGCAAAGGUCACGUAUAUAUAUAUAUUAGCACUAUGUAAUGUUAAGCAUUAUUUUAUUAUGAUAUACAAACAGCUAGUUUUUCAGUGCUAUUUGACUUUAGUAUUCACUUUUUACGAAAUUUGUGCAAAAACAUUACAUGGUGCCAAUUAAGACUAUGUCACACGAAGAACAUAGUGUCCUUUAUUUCAAUCUAGUAAUCAUUAGUUUAGGUCUUAUUAAUAAAAAUUGAUUCAAUA